UGACCACACUCUCUUGACUGUCUUGCACUUGGACAACGAUCACACGAUAAACGACCAAAUCUACCAAGACAUACAUUCAAAAACUCAUCGCGACCAAUGCCCGCACCACCGAAGGCUGGCAAUCAACAAGCCAAGAUGCAGGACAUCAGGGCAGACGAAACCUGGCUGCUGCCGUUCCUCCCCGACGAGCUCUUAGGCGAGAUCGGAGCGUAUAUCGAGAAGCCAAAGGACUUCGUGAACUUCAGCUUUGCUAGCCACCGCUUCAGGAGAGCCACGAUCCAUGUCCAGGGCCAGCGCAUCGACAACAUCACUGUGUAUCCGAGACUUGCCUGCAUGAAAGCUCUUCUCGGAGCCGUUCAGGACGAGAUGGCCGGAAAAUACGUUCGCAACAUCACGCUACUGGCAGAAGGCCUGAAAGAGCACGAGUUUGGCUACGACUGGGCUUGGGAGGACCUCCAGAUCUGGGGUGGCCUCGAAUUCUGUAACGAGGACGUCAAGAUCAUCAACAUGAUCAACGCUGCUCAUUCUGAUGACGUUAUGGCGAAUGGCGACUUCAUCAUCUCGGGUGAAUACCGCACGAUGCUCACCGCUGUUCUGCAGCGCCUUCCCAACCUCAGGACUAUCACUUGUCGCAAGCUCGCCGCCGGUGAACAGAUCCCUGGCUGGUCCGGCGUUAAGCUCUUUGAGAAGCUCUCUUUCUACUGCGAUGGCCUUGAUACACGCCAUAUCUUCUACGGCGACUGGAUGUACGACACUCUGCACCGCCGCAUCACCCACUACCGCGACGAGUUCGGCGACUUAAUCUCUGAGCCCGACUGUGGCCCACAAGCCUCCUUCGUCGACGACCUGAAGGCUUCCAUGAACAAGAGCGGCACCAAGGCUAAGGUCGUCUUUAUGCCCGUCGCCAAGUACGAGUCCGCCUAGGACAUCGUCACAUCUCCGCCUCGGUACCAGACCUUUAUGUCCACAGAUCACACACACAGUUGGGACGGGAUUCUUCUGCAAGGCGUUCACGGAGUUGCUCAUGAGUUGGGACCCAACUUUAUUCUUCCAUCAGAGUUGUCCCAUGUUGCCCUCGAUGGACUUUGCCCGGAAAUGGGUUGUAAUUGUAAACGAACGAAGGCCACUGCCUUCUUGAUGGCCGCCGCACUGGCUUGAUAAUGCAAGACGAA